CGACGACGACGACGGAAGCAUUACCUGAGGUCGAGCCAUGGCGCGGUUGAUGACCAAGACGUCGGCCACCUUGGUGAUGGCAGCCGCGUUCCUCCUCCUCGCUGCGGCGGACGCGUCGUCGUCGUACGACUACGCCGGCGCGUUCGACAAGUGCCUGCAGUUCUUCGAGGCGCAGCGGUCUGGGAAGCUCCCCGCCGACCGCCGCGUCAAGUGGCGCGGCGACUCCGCCCUCACCGACGGCUUCUCCCAGGGGGUGGAUUUGGUGGGCGGGUACUACGACUCCGGCGACCACGUCAAGUUUGGGUUCCCCAUGGCGUACGCGGUGACGAUGCUGUCCUGGGGAGUGCUCGAGUUCGAGAAGGAGAUGGUCGCCGCCAACAACCUCCAGCGCGCCCUCGACGCCAUCCGCUGGGGCACCAACUACUUCAUCAAGGCCCACACCGAGCCCAACGGCCUAUGGGUCCAGGUGGGCGACGGGGACAGCGACCACCUGUGCUGGGAGCGCGCGGAGGACAUGUCGACGCCGAGGACGGCGUUCAAGAUCGACAGGAACCACCCGGGAUCCGAGGUCGCCGGCGAGACGGCGGCUGCGCUGGCCGCCGCGGCCAAGGCCUUCCGCCCGUACGACUCCAUGUACGCGGACCUCCUGUUGCUGCACGCCAAGCAGCUCUUCACAUUCGCCGACACGUUCAGAGGCAGGUAUGAUGACUCCCUGCAGAGCGCCAAGAAGUUCUAUCCUUCUGAAUCUGGCUACCAGGACGAGCUGCUCUGGUCGGCGGUGUGGCUGUACGAGGCGACCGGCGACGAGGAGUACCUGAGGUACGUGUCCCAGAACGCCGAGGCCUUCGGCGGGAUCGGCUGGUCCGUGCUCGAGUUCUCCUGGGACAACAAGUACGCCGGCCUCCAGGUGCUCCUCUCCAAGGUGCUCUUCGAGGGAGGCGCUGGCGUCGCCGCCUACGCCGACACGCUGAAGCAGUUCCAGGCCAAGGCCGAGUUCUUCCUCUGCGCCUGCCUCCAGAAGAACAAUGGCCACAACAUCAGGAUGACGCCCGGGGGGCUCCUGUACGUGGACGACUGGAACAACAUGCAGUACGUGAGCUCCGCCACCUUCCUCCUCACCGUCUACGCCGACUACCUCGCCGUGUCGCACGGAUCGCUCAAGUGCCCCGACGGCGAGGUCAAGCCCGACGAGAUCGUCAGGUUCGCCAAGUCCCAGGUGGACUACGUCCUGGGCAAGAACCCCAAGGGCAUGAGCUACAUGGUCGGCUACGGCAGCUACUUCCCGACGCACGUGCACCACCGCGGCGCGUCCAUCCCGUCCGUCCACGGCGAGAAGGCCACGGUCGGGUGCAUGGACGGCUUCGACAAGUACUACAACAGCAAGGGCGCUGACCCCAACGUGCUCAACGGCGCCAUCGUCGGCGGGCCUGACGGCAACGACGGAUUCGUCGACGACCGCUGCAACUACCAGAGUGCCGAGCCCACCAUCUCCGGGAACGCGCCCAUCUGCGGCGUCUUCGCCCGCCUCGCCUCCGAGCCGCCCGCCGCCUCCGACAGCAGCCCGGCGCCUGCCUACUCGCCGCCACAUGAAUCUUCGCCAUCAAAGGGCUCUCCGCUGGAGUUGGUGCACACGGUGAGCAACUCGUGGACGACGAACGGCGUGGAGUACUACCGGCACGUCGUCACGGCCAAGAACACGUGCGGCCACCCUAUCACGUCCCUGAAGCUGCACAUCAAGGAGCUGUCCGGGCCCAUCUACGGCGUGUCCGCCGCCAAGGAGAAGGACACGUACGAGUUCCCCGCGUGGCUCACCCGCCUCGGCGCCGGCGAGCAGCUCACCAUCGUGUACAUCCAGCCGGGCGGCCCCGCGGCCAAGAUCUCCGUCGUCAACUACAAGACCGCUUGAGGAGGAUGGUAGAAGCUGCCGGCCGGUGUUUUGCUUUCCACGUCAGAUUUUUCCUAUCCGAUUCUACGGUCCAUUUGCCAUUCUUUUUUGGGUGUGUAUCGAUCUGUCGACGAGAUUGGAAAUGAUUAGUAGGUAGAACAUCGUGCGACGCGUUCAGUUGUAUGUAUCAAUACAUGCUUUUAUUUUCUUUCCUUCGAGAGUGACACAGCAAUAUUUCUGAA